AUGUUUGAAAAUGGCAAUAUGGUAAAUCGUUUUCUUGAUUAUUGGCGUUCAGCAGGUCAUCAACGUAUUGGUUUUCUCUAUGGUCGAUAUGAAAUUUAUGAUGGUGUUCCACUUGGUGUUCGAGCUGUUGUUACUGCUAUAUACGAACCACCACAAGAAACAUCAAAAGAUAACGUCCAAUUGAUGUUUCCAGAUCCACAUGAAGAUAUUGUCGAUGAGUUAGCAUAUCGUCUUGGUAUUUGUCGUAUUGGAUGGAUAUUUACUGAUCUUAUACCGGAUGACAAAAGAUCAGGUACUGGACCUGUUAUUCAUCAUCGAGGAUCUAUGAAUACACUGUUUUUAACUGCACAAGAAUGUAUUAUGGCUGGUUGGUUUCAAAAUAAACAUUUAAAUAAAUGUAAAUAUUCACCAGAUGGUUAUUUUGGUUCAAAAUUUAUUACUGUUGUUGUUACUGGUGAUGCAUCUGGACAAAUUCAAUUUGAAGGAUAUCAAGUAUCAAAUCAAUGCAUGGCGUUGGUUAAAUCAGGAAUUUUAUUUCCGACUUAUGAUGCACCUGAAUUAGGUUAUAUUAAAGAAACAAGUUCAGAACAAUAUGUUCCGGAUGUUUAUUAUAAAGAAAAAGAUUCUUAUAAUAAUGAGAUAAUGAAAAUAGCUCGUCCAUUACCUUUAGAAUACUUAAUCAUUGAUAUUCCAACAGGUUUUCCAACGGCUAAUACUCAAAUACAAUCAACAUUUAAUGAUAAUUGUUCAAUCAUAACAACACCAUUUUGUAUUGAAAAUCGAAUAAAAACAAGUGAAUUACAAGAUAUGGAUGCAUUAGCAUUAUAUUUGCAACAAUUCGCAGAGAUUGAUGUUACAAAAUCAAAUUCAAAACCAUAUAAACCAACAGAUAUCUUAGCUGAUCUUCAUUUAUUAGUAUAUCUUGUAGUCAAUGAUAUAUUUCAAUUUUCUAUGGAUCAACUUAAUCCACUACUUAACUCACUACGUACUAACGACUUAAAUGGAGUUGAAACAUGGAUGAAAGAUGAUCAUUGGCAAACAUUGCUUCAACUUCUUCAAAUAGAACUUUCAAGUUUAUCAUCAUCAGUUAAUAAAUUAACUCACACAGAUUCGGAAGAACAAUCGCUGGCAUGGAUUUGUCCACAAUGUACUUUUCUCAAUAAUAAUUUCAAUGAAAAAUGUGAUAUGUGUUCUUUAGAAAACAAUAUUUCCUCUUAA